AGUGAUAUAUAUUUACCUAGCUACUAGUAGUAUAUCGGAAAGUGUCUGAAAUUUGAUUUUGAAGUAGUCAAAUGUUGGAAAAGGUUUGGUUGGAAUGAAAGAUCAUCUCAAUACGUUCAUUUACCACUUUGUUUCACUUUUGCUUUGAGACAACGGGCCACCAGGGGAGGGGACAGCACACACUAUCCAUUCCAGUGCCCACAAUGCAUCGCAAAAACCUUGUCUCUGCAACCUUUUUGCUUUUGUUGUUCCCAAUGCCACUGCCAUGUCCAUUUCUUGUCCUUCAUUGUACUACUGCUCCUGCUUGCUCUUUCGCUUUCCUCUCUGCAUAGCUUGCAAGCAGCAGCAGCAGACUUAGAAAUGUUUCAAUUUUAGCCGGGGGAAACCAGGCUAUCCUCUUGGUCACUCUGCACCAAUUCAAUUCAGCACUUCACUGGUCAGUCCCAGCCUCCCUCUCAGCCCCAAUGGAGUCAAGAACACCAAGAAGUUCAGUUGCAAGGAGCACCUGUAAUGUUCCUGGACUCGUAUUAGGCUUCUCCAAACUCUGCAAAAUCACAAAGAUUUGUGCCGCGCCUGAAUUUGCUGACACGAAGACAGAAUUUGGAGAUUAUUGUGGCGGAUAUGAUCAGAGGCUAGUUAUCACAAGACUGUUUGAGGAAAUCGGAGCUCUCAAGUCAACCUACAUCAAGCUGCAGAAAGCUCAUAUCCCUUAUAAUCGUCCAAAGAUUGCCUUCGCCGACGAGAUCAUCACCUACGAGCUCGACUCGGUCACUGCUCUACAGAGCUUAUGCAGUUGGAAUGGCAGCGUUGGGUCACUUAUCAAUGAUCGAUGGUCGCUGGUGCAGGAACUGGAGGCCGAGACGAGGAAGAAAGAUUCAGACAUUAUGCUGUUGAGAAGAGAGCUGGAUGGUCUGAAGAGUGCGAAUUCGAGACUGAAUAAACAGAUCAGUAGCAGCAAACCAUCAGUUAACCAUCAUAAGGAUUACUCCAUUGUCCUGAAAAAAUUGACGACGCCUAGUGCAGUCUUGGAGCUGUUCAAGGUUGCAUCGACAUCGGUGCAUGAUUUCGCAGAGCUGAUCUUUAGCUUGAUUUCCUCACCUGAUCAUCGCUGUCCCAACAAUGCAGACGAACAUUCACCAUACAAGAGGUACUCACUGGAAGCUUACCUGUCACGGACAAUGCUUGCAGUACAUGAUGGUGCUGAAGACGACGACGAACUCGAUCUUGCUCGCUUCGAUCGAAUCAUGAGAUGCUGUGACCCUCUGGACGCGUUGAUGGAGCACCCCAACUCCAGCUUCGCGAGGUUCUGUCGAACAAAGUACUUAGCGGCCGUGUCGUCAGAGAUGGAGGCAGCUAUGUUCAGAAAUAAUCUGGACGUGAGGGCGUUCGUGUCGCGAGGCGGGCACCCGAGGACGUGGUUCUACAGGGCGUUCGCGACGAUGGCGAGGUCGGCGUGGGCGCUGCGGGUGGCGGUGACGGCGCGCCGGCGAUGUUGUGGCCGUGGAAGUGUCAGGAUGUUGUACGCGAGGAGAGGGAGCAGGUACGCGGCGGAGUACAUGGACAGCGUCGUGGCCGCCGCCGCCGCCGCCGAUGCUGGUCGUGGCGAAGGAGAUGGAGUUGCAUUCACCGUGACGCCGGGGAUGAAGGUGGGUGAGACCAUGGUGGCGUGCAGAGUGCUCCUCUGUCACGAUCAACAUGACACUAUUUCUGAUGAAACUGAUCCCAAAUUCAGAUAGCAGAUGGAUUGUGCUGUACUAGAGUUCGCUUUAAUUUUGGCCAUGCAGUUGUACUGAAAAAAGAAUGUCGAACAUGUUGUAUAUUGUAGUAUUCUGCAAUAUGUCACUGUAUGUAGUAAUUCUGUAUUGAUUAAUUGGCUGAUUAACUAGUAUCUUGUACUUA